AAUAUACUUUCGCAUACAAGAUCUUAAGGUUUAUUUUCACAGUAGUAGUUCACUAAUCCAUAAAAUAGAAAGGUAAAUAAAUAGUAUUUGUAAAUAUUGCUAAGUAAAAUGUAAAAGCAUGGUGAAGGUGACUAUCAUAGGGGCCGGGAGCCCGGUAUGUAAAGCUCUUCUGUACGGACUAUCGACAGGAGAAGUAUUGGGUCGAGACAGUUCACUGAAUCUUGUGCUCUAUGAUGACUUGGUUUCAUGGGAGAAGCUUCAACCACUGAAAGAAGAAAUACUUAAUGCAGCAUUUGAUGUGGUGGAAGAUGUGGCAGAGACCUCAGAUUUGGAUGAAGCCCUAUUGAAUGCUGACAUUGCAAUUUUGCUAAACUCAGCCCCUCGAUCAGUGUUCACAGGCGACUCUACUAUGGCUAUGAACUUCAUAACUACCCUCAAGAACAUUGGUGAGGCCAUCAACCGCACAGCGAAGAAAGAUGUAUUGGUGGUUGUAGCAGGCUGCCCUGGUCUGCUGAACGCGUGGGUGUGUUCCCAGUUCGCACCGUCAGUGAAACGCCAGAACUUCACAGUGGUCACCAUGAUGGACCUGAACUUGGCUGUCUCCCACGUGGCUGCAAAACUGCAGGUGGCAACAAACAAUGUUCACAACAUGACUGUGUGGGGCAACAGCUCGAUGACUCUGGUACCUGAUGCAGACAAUGCAUACAUACAGAUGAGUAAUUAUACAUCGACAAGGAUUAAGGAUGAUCUAGGUGAUGAUCAUUGGCUCAAGGAUACUUUUGUUUCUGAAGUUCAAAAAAACUGGGCAACGGGGCAGGAUCCAUCUGAAGAGUGGCCUUUGGCAACUGCACAAGCAUGUUGCCAGCAUCUGAGAUGUCUGUGGCAAUGUGUUCCGACAGAGGACAACUGGACAUGUCUCGGAGUGGCCUCAGACGGUUCCUACGAUGUACCAAAUGGUAUAUUCUCUUCUUUCCCCGUCAGCGUGCCGAAAAGGAAUCGCUGGGCCAUUGUAAAGGAUGUUCCUAUAAGCAUGUUUGUGAAGUUAAAACUCCGUGAUUCGGUUGAAGAGAUGAAGCAAGAACAGAAGAUUAUUUAUGAUAUUUGCAAACCCUCAGAAAACUUGAAAAUUUCGUCACUUAACAUUUGAACACAUAUGGAUUGAUUGAUAUUAUAAAAAUAAACUUAAUAAAUUAUGUUAAAAAGUUCA